AUGGCAAACACGAGGAAACCAACAGCCUCCCUCCUACCGCUCCUACCGCGCAUCUUCUUCCUCUACCUGGAGCCCGUCAUCAUCCCCUGCGGCAUGGUCAUGGCCUACUCGACGCGGCUGCCCGCGCUCGCCGCGGGGCCGCCGUACGACGUGGCGGUGCUCUCGGGCCCGGGCCUCUCGGCCACGUACCUCUUGUGCAUGCUCGUCUACGGCCUCUUGAUUCUCCUGUCCAGCCCGCCGAAUCCGGCGCUGCUCAAGCGGCACAUCGCCCUCUUGACGCUCGCCGACGUGGUGCAUUGGCUGGUUAUCCUGUCGACCUUGUCCGAGGCCGAGGCUGCCGCCACCGGUCAAGAUCCCGCGGGUUUGUGGUCCCAUCUCCACCCGUCAAAGUGGUAUCACGACGAAAAUGCCCGCAUGCUCAUGCUCGGGCCCCUGCUUAUGUUUUGCGUCAAGAUUGCCACGCUCACGGGUCUGUUUGGUCGGAUUGGAGAUGCUUGA